AUGAGUAAAGAAAUUGUAGAUUGGGAAUCUAAAUUAGCCUUACUUAGUGUCGAAAUUGAAAGAUUGAGGAAUAUUUUAAUGUAAAAAGAUUAGGAAAUUGAUUAAUUAAGGAUAAGAUAUUAAAAAUUAGAAAUGAGUCUAUCAGAAAUGUAUAUUUUAAAGGAAAAAAAUUAAGUACUUAAUGCUGAAAUAGAUAGACUUAGUGAAGAAUUUGAAUGUAUUGAAAUGGAAAAUGUAUAGUUGAAACAAUCUAUGGUAAACAUUAAUGAUUUAAAUAUUAAAAUUAGAGAUUUAUUAGUUAUUUGUGUAUAACUUUUUGCAGAAAUCGAAUGUUUGAGAAUAAGAAUAAAAGAAAAAUAGUAAGAAGUCAAUGAUAUAAGAAGAUCAUCAUUAGCAAAUUAUAGAAAUUGA